AGUGAGCCUACACUGGGUUUGAUGCAACAUGGCAAUCGGGCAGGGAUUUCAGUCCACUAUUCUAGUGGGGAGCAAGUGGCACACUCAGUGAGGAAAGGUCCCCUGACAGCCCAGGGAAGUUUGGCUCAAACAUUUUGUGUUUAAAGAUCUCUUUACUUAUAGUUGUGGGGGCACGUGAGAGUUGUCUGGCAUGUAUGUAAUCCAGUCAGACGGCUGCUGUUUUACUUGUGGUGCAGCGCACAAGCUUGUGGUUUGCGUCUGGAUAAAACAGCCAGCAAGUACAAGCCACGGGAAUUCGCUCUGAGAACAGAAAAGGGCAGCUGGUACAUGCAAACAAAGACAACCGUGGUAUCUGGUGCUUUGGUUUUACAAGAGAGACAGCCCUGUUUUCAGUUUCACAAACAUUGUAUUACAUGAUCUAUUCAUCAUUUAUUUAGAAACUAAGUUUCAGUACAGUAUUACAGUAAUUCCAACAGCAGACGUGAUCGUCAGACUGGGCUUUGGCUUGUUAGCUGUGCUGACGAGACCAGUAAAGCUGAGAUUCCAGUGGCAGCAGGGGUCAAUAAUAAUGUUUAACAAACAGAAAAAAGUGCUUAGCAACAUGCCGCUUAAGCUGUCUCUUGCUGACCUUGUGGAGGUGCACUGUGGACAGGAUUGUAACUGACAUCAAAGAAAGAGCAGCUCAUAUCAAGAUUAGUUUAAACCAUCUGGACUCCUCUAGAUAGAUAAGAAGAGUUAUAAUGGAGAGGAGGUCAUUCAGUCUGGCUCAUCCGGUUCUUGGUCACUGAUUGAUCUCAGGAUUUAGUCAGCUCUGAAAGGAACUCCGUCAUUCAGUGGCAGCAAUGUGGCAACCGAUUAACCCUUCAGUCACCACUCCACUUCCAUCUGUGUCCUUUGUCCUGCUCUCUGUGCUGUGCUUAAAAUAGAGCUGUCAGCUCCUUUUAGGAUUUCAAACACUUCAAUGAAGCCCCCAUGAUCCCUUCGGUGUUCUUGGGUCAGAUAGAUUCCGUGAUCCACGGCACCACACUGCUCUUUCAACACUGUAAAUAAUGCUUCUCAUCCAAGGGAGAUUGGUUCAGUCACCUGCUAGGGCUGAGAAUAAUUCAACUGUGGUGACCAGUCUAAAACUGGUCCAUGUCCUGACUUAGCAGCUGUCCUAUACGAAAUCCAACCUCUAUAAGAGGCCUUUGAGUUGGCAGUUCUGCCAGGUGCACUGCAUACGUUGACAAAGACCCUGCAAACAAAGGGAGUUCGGGAAGGUCUCGGCUUGACCUCGCAGUCCCUCAGCCUAUCGCUAAAAGAACAUCGCAUCCUGUUCUGUGGAUUAGGCAGCUUGGAGGAGUCUGGGAUGUUUUUGCAGUCCAUGAGAAAGCAUUGGAAUAUAAAGAUGUGCAAACGCACUGAGAGGCAUCUCAGCACAGUGCCUGCUUUCAACGUUCAACAGAUGCUUGAAGCAAUCAGGCUGCGUUCUCAAAGACCCUGUUUAGCACACAGGUGAGGUGCUCCAAGAUUAGUGCUGAGCUUGCCUAAUGAAACCAGACAGAUCAUUGAGAUAGGGUUAUCAAGGUCCAGCAGUGCAUGUGUCAUGCUGCAUUGCAUAGAUCCACACACGCACACACGCACCCACACAGGGGUUAUUGGGUGCAUUUGGAGGUCCUGAAUGAAGCUUUGUUUGCAUUCUGUAACAGGAUACCUUUCCUUCCAUUGCAUAAUCAGCACAGACAGGCAGGUAGAUUUUAUGGUGGGGGGUAUCUACUACAUUCAAGAACAGCAGUGGCUGCACAACACAUGUGAAAAAUCUAGAACAGAAAGCUGCUUGUGUCUUCAUCUGUGCCGAAGCCAAGGCUGAAUUCAAGGUUGCACAUUUGUAAGUAUUAUUUUCCCCAGUAAUGCGGGUUAUCUAGCAGUGUCAGAUGCCUGCGCUUACACAUGCACACACACGAACACUGUGAGUCAUUCACACACUCAGCCUCUUGCUCGCCAGCGCCCCUACCGGGUGAAACUUUUUUCUCUGGCCUCUGAUUUUUAUUUCCUCUGGUGUUUUUACUUCCUGUUUUCAAAGGGAGUCACACAGCUCAGCUUGUUAAAUUUUAACUUCAGUCGAGUUCUCCUUUUCUUAGUGUCGCUCUUUUAAAAAGAAGAAAACACAUCUUGAAUUGCUUUGUUUCUGUCGUUGACUAGCUAGGAAUACAGCAAUGCUCCAAUGGUUUUUACCGGGGCCGCUCAUGGAUUUCACGUGAUUUAUUGCUUUCAUUGAAACGGGGUUCUCAGCUGUUGUCAUUUUUCAAUUUUUUUAAAGAUUUUUUUACCUCUCGUGUGUUUCAUUGCCGGCGUCCGUGGAGAACUACCUCUUAGUUUGUUUUUUGGUUUAUUUCAUUCUCUCUCGUUGUUUAUGUAAGUUGUAUUAGUAUUAUUAGUGUGCUUAUUAUUUAUUCCACUGCUGUUAUUUGUUUUUUGUUUUUUUUUAACAUGUCCGACAUUCAGCGCACAACGCUUUGCUGUUGUCGGAAAGUUUUAACGAUCCCCAACAACAAAAGCGAGAAGAGCAUUAACAGUAUGCCGGCGAUGGGGCAGUCUCCCCCCGUGGACAUCGCCUCGGCUUCCAACUUCCACAGCUUCACCCUCCGGCAUUUCCAUCUCAGUCUGCAGCUCAAUUUCAGGGAUAAAGAAAUGACGGGCCGUCAGGUGCUGGAGCUGUGCUCGACCAAGCCCGACGUGCAGACGCUGGUUCUGGACACGCACCAGUCCCUGCUCAUCCACUCCAUAGACUGCAAGGUCCACAGCGCCAGCACCGGCGGAGACCAGGUCCGCACGUCCCUAACCUACCGGGUCGACCCCUUCACCGACUACGGAUCCUCGCUCUCCAUCUGCCUGCCCGCCGCCAUCCGACCGCAGCACACUUUCCAGAUCACCAUUCGGUACAAGACCACCGACGGACCGGCUAUCUGGUGGCUGGACUCGGAGCUGACUUGUGGAAACUCCAAGCCAUUUGUCUUCACACAGGGACACUCUGUCUGCAACCGCUCCUUCUUCCCCUGCUUUGACACGCCCGCUGUGAAGUGCACCUACUCGGCCACUGUGCGGGUUCCGGAGGGGGUGCAGGUUCUGAUGAGUGCCACCCGCAGUGCAUACAGCGCCCACGAGAAGGCAUUCCAGUUCCACAUGGAAUACCCUGUCCCUGCGUACCUCGUGGCGCUGGUGGCUGGGGACCUCACGCCCGCUGACAUCGGGCCGCGGAGUCGGAUCUGGGCGGAGCCGUGCCUCCUGAGUGCAGCGGUCAGUAAGCUGAGCGGUCUGGUGGAGCGCUGGCUCACUGUUGCGGAGAGCCUGUUUGGACCCUACGUGUGGGGAAGGUAUGACAUUGUGUUCCUGCCGCCCUCAUUCCCCAUCGUUGCCAUGGAGAACCCGUGCCUGACCUUCAUCAUCUCAUCCAUCCUGGAGAGCAGCGAGUUCCUGGUGAUUGACGUCAUCCACGAGAUUGCGCACGGCUGGUUCGGCAACGCUGUCACCAAUGCCACGUGGGAGGAGAUGUGGCUGAGCGAGGGCCUGGCCACAUACGCACAGAGACGCAUCACCACCGAGGCCUACGGCUCUGCCUUCACCUGUCUGGAGACGGUGUUUCGUCUGGAUGCGCUGCACAGACAGAUGAGGCUGCUGGGAGAUAACAACCCUGUCAGCAAGCUGCAAGUGAAGUUUGAACCAGGUGUGAACCCCAGCAGUCUGAUGAACCUAUUCACCUAUGAGAAGGGCUACUGCUUCGUGUCCUACCUCUCCCAGCUGUGCGGAGACACCAAGCGCUUCGACUCCUUCCUCAGGGCCUACAUUGAGAAGUUCAAGUUCACCAGCGUGGUGGCUCAGGACCUGCUGGAGUUCUUCCUGGGCUUCUUCCCGGAGCUCAAGGAGCGCUGCGUGGCCAACCGAGAGGGUCUGGAGUUUGAGCGCUGGUUAAAUGCCUGCGGCCCCCCCCUGGCUGUGCCGGACCUCUCUCAGGGUGGCAGCCUGACAGAGCCGGUGGAAUCUCUGUUCCGGCUGUGGACCUCUGAGCCGCUGGACUCUGCUGCGAUCGCGCGGCAAGACCUCUCCACCUGGAGGACCUUCCAGACCGUGCUCUUUCUGGACAAGCUGCUGGACCGCUCGCCCCUGUCUCACGAGGUGAUGACACGGCUGUCCCACAGUUACUCCACGCUGCUCGACUCGAUGAAUGCAGAAGUUCGGAUCCGCUGGCUGCAGAUCGUGGUGCGGAAUUGCUACUACCCUGACCUGUACAAAGUGAGGCGCUUCCUGGAGAGCCACACGUCGCGGAUGUACACGGUGCCACUGUACGAGGACCUGUGCGGAGGCGCCAUGAAGUCCUUCGCCGUGGAGGUGUUCUACCAGACGCAGGCCCGGCUGCACAUCAAUCUGCGCAAGACAGUGCAGCAGAUCCUGACUCAGACCUUCAGUGCCUUUGUGACGGUCCCCACGGCACCCCCCUCUGGAGACCGGCCUCCCGACACCACCGUCGCACUCAGGGACGUCAACGUGUUGGCGUGAGACACAGCCGCCUGGGAGGGUCCAGGAGAUCCAUGCAGGGCGCUGGGGGUGCGGGAAAGGAACAAGACAUGGAAUUCGGAGACAGUACACACUUCAUACAGGAGCACUGACCAGCCUCGAGCCUGUACUGCAGCCGCCACGAUCUGCUGUUCACAACGAGUACUCUCAACGCGGUCCGGUGUGUUUGGAGAGAGCAUGCAUUGAUUGUCUGAGCUGCUUUCCUGAUCGUAGCUCUGUGUGCAAUAGGUGCCUCUGCGUUGCCGGUGUAUUUUGACGUGUGUCAUGGAUUUCACAUCCCCCCCCCCCCCCC